AUGUCUGAAUAUUUUGCUGUUCCCGUGUUUCAUCACGAGGGGAAGUUUGUGAGAGACAGUGGGGGAUAUAUGAGUUAUGUGGAUGGUAAAGUGAAGAGGUUCCCACCAAUGGAUUUGGAUUAUGUGAAUUUUUUCGAUUUGGUUGUUUUAUUUAAAGAGUUGGGUUAUGUUGAGUAUAAGGAGAUGUAUUGGUAUGACAUAUUGGCCUCUGACAUGGAAGCUGGGCUUCAUCCCAUUAAGGGUGAUCAUGAGAUUAAUGAGAUGAGGGAGAACAAACUCAAGAACAGGAACAUUGAUGAGUGCAAGGACACUUGGAAGUGGUUCCUGACUCUGUUGGCUGAAGACUUGGGAGCUGUUGGGCAACAUGGGUGGAACUUUAUCUCAGAUCAACAAAAGGGGCUGGAGUUGGCAAUGAAGGAGGUCAUGCCUAACGCACAUCAUAGGAAUUGUGUACUUCACAUUUGGAAGAACUUUAUCAAACACUUCAAGGAUCAGCAGACAAAGCAGCUUGUAUGGGAAUGUGCUAGGCAGACAACUAUCCAGAAAUUUAAAGCCUCAAUGGAGAAACUGAAAAAUAUCAAUCAGGGAGCAUGGGAAUACCUACAAAGGUUUGAUCCAGCUGUGUGGGCAAAAGCUUAUUUCAGCCAUGGACCGAAAGUAGACAACAUCACAAACAAUAUGUGCGAGGUGUGGAACGCGAAAAUAGUUGAGUAUAGAGGAAGACCCAUACUAACAAUGAUAGAUGAUCUGAGGUGUUAUGUCAUGAGGAAGAUGGCCCUACACAAGAAGAAAUUAGAAAAUCAUACUGGAAAACUAGCCCCAGUUCAGCACAAAAGGUUGGAAGAAUUCAUCAAGCCUAAAGCAAGUAAGUGGAGAGCUAUUUGGGCAGGUGAUAGUGAUAGAGUCCUCUUUGAGGUUCAUAGGCAAGGACACAAGGUUGGGGUUAACCUUGCACAAAGGACCUGCACCUGCAACGUUUGGCAGUUAACUGGCAUGCCUUGUAGACAUGCAGUAGCAGCGAUGUACAAAAUUGGUGUGAACCCUGAAGACUUUGUGCACACGUGGCUAACAAUGGACUCAAUCAGAGCUACUUACGCCCACACAAUGAAGCCUGUAAAUAGUGAGGAGUAUUGGGAGCCCACUGAUGCCCCAAGGCCAUUGCCUCCACCAAUUAAACGACCAGCACAUCGACCAAAGGUAAAGAGAAGAAUCGAUCCAGUGGAAACUGAGAUAAAUCCCAACAAGGCAAAGAAAACAUUUGAAGUCACUUGUAACAAAUGUGGCCAGAAAGGACACUACUAUAAAACAUGCACCAAUCCUGCAAUGGAUCCAAACUGGAAACCAAUGACCAAAAAAGAAAGGAGGGCAAAUGGAGCGAAGAAGAAGUCUAACUCAGUUAGAGCUGAUGUCUCUAAGAACACAACCAAUCUGCAGCAGGAAGGAGGACAUGGAAACUGCAAUGAGGCCACUAAUGUGGCUGGAGUUGGUGUGAACCAUAAGGAAAAAGCUAAGAAAGAUAAGAAGAAACUACCAAAAGGAGAGAAAAAAACAACUGCUGUAGCUCCAGAAGGGCUUGCAAUUACAACCCCACCCAGAAAUGCUAACAAAUUAAACCCAUACCUAAUACAUCUACUUUCACCCAUUUUCAGUUUGUAG